AUAGAUGGCGUAACAAGCGUCACUUCCUGCUUGAAAGGAAAGUACGGAGUAACACUGAUACUGACCUAACGGUGUGUUCACUCUGAGCAUAGAACUAUGAGUAGAAUGUGUGAGUGGUUAAGGAGUCUGUUGCAUGGGCCUCAAAUGCAAGUUACUGGAAUCAAAGACUCACAUUCGGUCAAAUCUGUUGUUGCUAUUGGCCAAGCCAACAACGUCAUCUUCAACCUACCUUCCAGCACUGACCCCGACCCUGGGUUCUCCCAUGCCACGUUAGUCUACAGCAAGGAUGACGAAGAUGACGUAAUGGAUCUGCGAUCCACCUUGCAGGAUCUUCAGCUGUAUAAUGGGAACAGGGUUAGCGUGGCUUUGGAAGAAGAAAUUGUACCUGACGGAGUAACUGAAGUCGAGGCAUUCGGUAAGCAAUCAUCCCCCAACAGCCCCGUGCAGACGAGGGAAGCACACCUCAGGGUCUACCACGCUGUGAUAAUAUACGAUGAGGCUGACAAAGACAAAGUCUUAACUCUACAAACGGAUUUAAACAGUAUAGUUCUUGGUAACGGUGUACACGCGAAUGUGGCACUACUGGAUGACGUACAAAGUGACGGAGAAACAGAAGUAGCAUCAUUCGAUCAGUGUUUCCAAAAAUGUGUCUUAAUGUUUUUGUUUAUAUCGGAACCGUUUAUGAAAAACGUCUAUGAGAGAUGGAGAUAUGAAGUUGGACUGACUGAGUCCUUGAAAUAUGGGUCUCGUAUAGACGGUAGACCUUUUGUUAUUCCAGUUUUCACUGACAACAAAGACACAGCAAGCUAUCUAAGAGAUAAACCUAUACUUAGAGCUGUUUGUGGUAUCAAACAUCACGGCUGUACAGGGAAAAAGUCAGUGGACAUUAGGUUCCGCAGAGACUUGGAGGAGGCAGAACAAAGAAGGCAAAUAAAACUAAAUGGCACUACCGUGGAUUAACAAGAAUGAUAGCUGAUAGUUUGUGACACUACCGCCCAUUCAGUGGUUACUGUUAUACGGUAACUUUAUGAUACCAUGACUUGCGAGUGCUUCGUGACGAUGUUGCGCUUAUUGUGCAUAGUGAGUGAGUGAGUUAAGUUUUACGCUGCACUGAGCA